AUGUCAGUCAGUCAGUCUUCGUCUCCUGCAAUUGGAGGAAAGGCGGUUUAUAUUGAAAGUAGCAAUAGUAUAUGGAUAUUUUCCUUCGCACGCGCUACCCAGACAGGAAACACGCUUUAUUCGAUAGACCUAAGUAAUGGCUUUAAUACAAAGGCGCCUCCAGCAAAACAACGUUCGAUCGAUAUCCAAAAUUCGAAUUGUCCUGUUCUGCAUUUUCCAGUCGUUGUGCCAGACUUUGAUGGCGAGAGUAUCAAUGCAUUCGGAACAGGCAGCUAUACAAAUACCGAGUAUAUCUCAAACAUGAUCGUAUGUCAGUACAACACCAAGACUUCUAACUGGAAACAGAUCAGUAUCCCAAAUGCACCACUGGGACGUCGUAACUAUGGAUACGAGUACAUCAGGAGCAAUGGACAGACCUUAUUCUGGGGCGGGGACUCGGAUCCUAUUACUGGCCUAAAUGAAACUGCCAACUACAUUUGGCACAAAGAAGUGUCUAUGACCAGUAGGCUAAGUGCAUGGGUAAACCCUAACUUACCUUACACAGGGCUUGGGAGAACAAAUGCAACACUUACUCAGUUCCUAGAUACAAAUAGCCGCAUUGCUAUCAUUGGAGGUGCAGUUAUAGACGACGAAUCAAAGGUUGAUUCGGUUACAAACUUCCCCAUGGCCAACAUGUCAGACAUUAUUCUUUACGACGCACGCACACAGAAUUGGGAUACAGCUGUUGCAACAGGCCAAGUACCGGUUGGAAGAAAGCAUCACACAGCUACUCUUCUUCCAGACGGAAACCGUAUUCUACUAUAUGGAGGCGAGCUAUUUAACGAUAGUGGCUACUUUGUCCUAAACGAUGUUGCAAUACUUGACACGACUACCUGGAUAUGGUCGAUUCCAAAUUGCACAGGCACUGGUCUAACUAGAUCUAAUCACACAUCUAUUGUUAUCGGUAACCAGUUAUGGGUCAUUGCGGGAUCUAAUGGUCCGACCAAAGCGGUCGAUAUACAGAUACUCGACCUUGACACCUACACAUGGACAUUUGAUGCCAAAGGCAAUCGUUCUAAAUUUUCUUCAAUUGGUGGGGUCGGUGGUCUGAUUGGUACCAUUGUUGGCUGUGUAGCUGCUGUACUUUUGAUAGCAGGUCUGAUUACAUUCUUUUGUUUAAGAAAAAAGAAGAAACGUGCUCUCGAAAACGACUCGCCUUUACCUUACGACAAUUACAACGAUCCCUACAAUCACUUCUCAAAAAACCAGCAGCAAAAUAAUGCACUCUUGUCGACAUCCGGUGCAAUGGACUACCAGACAGAUAUGCAGUCUUACAAUGCAGCUUAUCCAGGUGUGUACCAGUAUGUGGGACCUACUGUGUCCCAGCAAACAGGCUUACACGAUUUGGCUGCCCCAGCUUACCAGCCACCUACAGAAGACCACCAACGCUGGAACAGGAGCACUCAUGACAGCCCAAGGGGAUCAAUACCAAACAUUCAUAUGUACUCUGUCCAGGGCAAACCUCAAAAACCAAACCUUGUCGAAGGACAUGAAGAAGGGGGUCCGUCCAGCAAUGAAUCAACAAAUACUCUCCAAAGGAUACCAUAG